AUGGUUUCCCCACUCUUCGCUCAAUUACGCAAAGCUUCACUGCGUGAACUUCAUGCAGGGUUACAUAUUGAGGAUCGGGUUACCGCACUUAUCCGGAAGCAAAGGCUUCUUCACUACCCACUGGGCACUGAUAUUGCUGGAGUCUGGCGUGAAUACCAAUAUGAGAGGACGAAGCCACCUGAUCAGCAAUGGAUUCAGGAUGUUUACUUCUUUGAUGAUGAGCGUCAGAAGUUUCUCAUCAUAUGCUGUACAUAUGAACAGGCUAAGCUUUUUCAAACUGCACAGUAUAUUGAAAUGGACCUUGCAUUCAAGAUGGUAGCGGGCAAAACCAAUGUUUUCUCAAUCGUUUCAUGGAAUACAGAAGCAAACAGAACCAAUGUCUAUGCGUAUGUCUUUAUGAAUUUGGAAACAACAGUGGCCUACAAAGUGCUCUUUGAACGACUUUUCCGAACUCUAGGGAACGUUGGGCGUAAGCCAGUUUCGUUUGCAUAUAUGCUUGGUGGAGAAGAUGCAGCUGAGGGCAUCCGGACAGUGACAGUUGAUAUGUGUAAGAAACAGGCGGCAGGGCUUGGAACCUAUCUUGUAGAAACAUUUGGCUCAGGCCUUUCAUGGAAGGAGCACCUCCAGCAUAUCUUGAUCCUGUGUCGUGUUCAUAUUAAGCGCGCAUUUCGGAAAAAGUUUGGAUCCCACCCUGCCACAUCUGUUAUUGACUUAGCCUUUGCAUCAAAGUCAAAGUCUGAGAUUCUGAGAUAUUUCAGUGAGGUUUCAACAACAUGGCCUGAAACGGCGAACUGGUUUAAAAAUAAACAGCAUGAUUGGUUAUUAGCUGGUCUCACUGGUGAAGCUUCCCGAAUUCCGAUUCAGUGGUGGACUAUGGCGUCUCACCAUACUGGGAUUUGUGAGAGUAGUCAUUUUGUUGAUAAUGAGGCGAUUGGCCGGAAGAACUCUUUGCUUGGUGCAAUUCUUAAGACAAAACGCCGUGUUUCCGAGAUGCUUGAAAAAAAUAAGCGCUAUAUUGAUCAAGACACUGAUUCAACAUGGAAAGCGCGAGAUAAUGUUAAUCGCAUUGCGAAAGCAAUGCGACAAACAGAUCGGCGGAAUCGUAAGAGUGCCGAAAAGCGACAGGAACGUCCAAGCCUCCCCUGGAAGCCAACCAACCCAUACGAUACCAUUGAGGUUGAAGCGCCCCUAAUGGGUCCGCCGUCAGCCCCUGCUUCUGAUAUUGAUUCAUUAGUGGAGACAGCUUCUGUUGCUGGGCCAGCAACUAGCUAUACACCAUCGUGCUCUCGUUCCCGCUCACGAUCAAGACAACCAAGACAGUCACUAGCAGCCAAGCGAAUCCAGCAACUAGAGCAGGAGGUUAAGGAUCUUGAAGAGCAGGCAAGGAUACAAGAACGCAUGGAAAAACGGGCUACAUUAAUGGCAAAGCUAGCAAAUAAACAGAUAUAG